AUGGAAAUGGACUGUAUUAACACAGAAACCCAGAUAAAUGGAUACCCAAAACAGGACAUAAGCCAUGUUGCUCAGUCGAAUUCACAGAUUGUUUGUAAUGAAUGUCGAAGAAAACUCAGAAGUUUGUUACCAGUAAAUUAUAAAGAAGAAAUUAUAGAGCUGCUAAAACUGGCUGGACCAGUGUUUAUAUCUCAGCUGAUGAUCUUUCUGAUCAGCUUUAUCAGCACUGUGUUCUGUGGACACUUGGGGAAAACUGAACUGGCCGCUGUGGCUCUGGCUAUUGCUGUUAUUAAUGUGACCGGCAUCUCCAUCGGCUCUGGACUGGCAUCUGCAUGCGAUACACUCAUCUCUCAGACGUUUGGCAGUAAUAAUCUGAAGCGGGUGGGUGUGAUACUGCAGAGAGGGAUUCUCAUCCUCCUGUUGGCCUGUUUCCCCUGCUGGGCGCUGCUCAUCAACACCGAGCCCAUCCUGCUGGCUGUCCGACAGAGUCCCAGUGUGGCCAGUCUGUCACAACUCUAUGUAAAAAUAUUCAUGCCUGCUCUGCCUGCUGCCUUUAUGUAUCAGCUGCAGGGCUUGUAUCUUCAAAAUCAGGGCAUUAUUUGGCCUCAGAUCAUCACAGGAACAGCAGGAAAUGUCCUCAAUGCUUUAAUAAACUACAUCUUCUUUUAUGUUCUUGAUCUUGGUAUGGCAGGAUCUGCUGCUGCAAAUGCAAUUUCCCAGUAUUCCCUGGCAGUGAUUCUCUAUUUGUUCAUCCGAUAUAAGGGCCUGCAUAAAGCCACCUGGGGUGGCUGGUCUUGUGACUGUUUGCAGGAAUGGGGUGCCUUCAUUUGCUUGGCUCCUCCCAGCAUGCUCAUGCUUUGUGCGGAGUGGUGGACGUAUGAGAUUGGUGGAUUCCUUGCAGGACUCAUCAGUGAAGUCGAGCUUGGGGCUCAGUCUGUCGUCUAUGAACUGGCCAGCAUUAUGUACAUGUUUCCACUGGGAUUUGCAGUGGCAGCCGGUGUGAGGGUGGGAAAUGCACUUGGAGCUGGAAACACAGAACAAGCCAAGCUGUCUGCCAAACUGUCUUUAGUCUGUGGACUACUUGUGUCCUGUGUGAUUGCAACCAUAAUUGGAGGUACUAACAAUGUUAUUGGAUACAUCUUUAGCACAGAUGAGGAAAUUGUCCUCAGAGUAUCAGAGGUCAUGGUCAUGUAUGGCUUUGUUCAUCUAUUUGAUGCCACUUCGGCUAUUACAGGUGGCAUUGUCAGAGGUGUUGGAAAGCAACUGCUUGGUGCUCUUUGUAACAUUGUGGGAUAUUAUUUUGUGGGAUUUCCAAUUGGAGUGUCCCUGAUGUUUGCUCUCAACAUGGGCAUAAUUGGUCUCUGGAUUGGGUUUUUUGGCUGUGUUUUCCUACAGUCCUUGUUCUUCAUCAUCCUCAUUUGCAAACUGGACUGGAAAAAAGCGACUCAAGAGGCUUUAAUCAGAGCAGGUGUACAAGUCCCUGAGACCAAAGAUGAAUCUUAUGCUAUGGAAAAUAAGGGCUAUACAGAAGAAGUACCACAGCAGUCCCAGCACAAUGAAGAAGGCCAGACAGAUGCAAACACAGACCUCGAAGGGCUCAGUAAAAGAGAAGGAGGAAUAACAAAUGCUGUUGCACUGGUCACAGUUGGUGCGGUUUUGACCACCAAACAGCUGGUUGUCCGUCGAGGACUUGCGGUUUUCUUCAUGCUGCUUAUACUAGCUGGAGGGAUUGUGUUAAAUGGGGUGCUCACUGGAUUUCUCAGAGUAUAG